CUCUUACUCUGUAUAUUAUUCCCCCUUUGCAUUUACAUUGGAUAGACUUUCUUCCGCGCUUUUGUCUUCUCAAUCUCCAGGUUCUUUCAUUCAUCUUCCGCGGCCUGCAGCCCAUAUUGUACUAGUACUGAUAUUCUAUUCUAAUACUUCCGCUCUCUGUGCCAUAUACACUGCAUUGUCCCUAGCGGACCAUCCGACCACGAAUACUGGAUACAAUUCGACUGGAUCGCACUCAAUACCGUUCAGCAUAGUGGACUCUACAUCGGACCUACCUUCGAGCAACGAGGGAGUGGCUCAACGUGCAUCCCUAUUGCCUGUGGUCAGCCAGAUCGCAGUCAGAAUCUUAACUUUCUUAAGCCCUACUUCUAGGCUCACUUAAAGAUUCAACCUAUUGACCUCCGCCUCCAUGGGCUUAUUCAACAAGAAACCAGCCCCGACUGGGUUGGAAACGGCGGAAAAUGUCACCUCCGGAGCCACUACGGUAGUCCCGAGCCAGAAUGUCUCGAAUACAGACCUGAACAAGCAGUCGCAUCUCGAGUCGUCGAUAGUGCAGGCGUCCGAGACCUCGCAGAAAAACGUGGAUUCACAACACCAACAGGCUGUAUCACGAGGAUCAUCCUCGGCAGGCGAUGUCGACGUACAAAAUGAGAAGGCGCAUGGGGAUGGGCUGCUACCGUCUGCCGCGGAUCAGGAGGCUGAGUACCCAUCUGGCUUGAAGCUUGGGUUGAUCACACUCGCACUGUGUCUGUCCGUUUUCCUGGUCGCGCUGGACAACACCAUCAUUGCCACUGCUAUUCCCAAAAUCACCGAUCAUUUCAAUUCCCUCGGCGAUGUGGGUUGGUAUGGUUCGGCGUAUCUACUCACCACUUGUGCCCUGCAGCUGUUCUUUGGAAAGAUGUACACCUUUUUCUCCAUCAAGUACGUCUACCUGACCGCCAUCUUCAUCUUCGAAGUCGGCUCUGCGGUCUGCGGUGCCGCCCCAACAUCAGAGGCUCUUAUUGUCGGUCGUGCAGUUUCUGGUGUGGGAUCAGCUGGUAUCUUCUCCGGCGCCCUCGUCAUCAUUGCAUACACUGUGCCGCUGGUUAAGAGGCCGCUCUUUACAGGGUUUAUCGGAGGAAUGUAUGGGAUCGCUUCUAUAGCUGGGCCUCUGAUGGGUGGUGCGUUCACAGACGGGCCGGGCUGGCGCUGGUGCUUCUACAUCAACCUCCCAUUUGGCGCCGUCACGCUGCUCGUCAUCUUCUUCUUCUUCCAAUCUCCGAACAGAGUGUCCGAAGCCAAAGUCUCGUGGAGGGAAAGAGCACAUCAACUUGAUCUUGGCGGUACAGCCGUGUUUAUCGUCGACAUUGUAGUAUGCCUGCUGGCUCUGCAAUGGGGCGGAUCGACGUACCCGUGGUCGAACUGGAGGAUUAUUUUGUGCCUGACACUUUUUGGUGUGCUCACAGUCGUCUUCAUCGUCAUUCAGUACUUCAUGAAAGAGCACGCCACUGUGCCCUUCGGCAUUAUCUCGCAGCGCAGCGUCGCUGCAGCAAGUUGGUUCGCAUUCACCGUGGGUGGCGCAUUUUUCGUGCUGAUAUACUGGGUUCCGAUCUGGUUCCAGGCCAUCAAGGGCGCGACGGCGUUCAAGUCUGGUAUCGACAGUCUGCCCAUGGUUCUGGGGGUGGUGAUUGCAAGUAUACUGGGCGGUGCGCUUACGACCGCCCUUGGCCACUACUGGCCUUUUUACUGGCUCAGUGUGAUACUGUCUUCCAUUGGCGCCGGGCUGUUGACGACCUUCGAAGUCCAUACUGGCCAUGAGAAGUGGAUUGGGUACCAAGCAUUAUACGGUCUCGGCGUGGGUUUCGGCAUGCAGCAGGCCCUGGUGACGGUUCAAGCGGUCCUGCCGCUCGAGAAAGUGCCCACCGGAACGGCACUGGUCAUGUUUAUGCAGACCUUUGGUGGUGCGCUAUUUGUCUCGGUCGCGCAGAAUGUGUUCAAUAACCGACUCAUCUCGGAAAUCCCGAAGUAUGCGCCCGGCGUCGAUCCAGAAAUUGUGGUACAUGUCGGUGCGACCUCGUUGAAAGAGCAGAUACCUGCAAGAUUCCUGGAUGGCGUGCAGUAUGCAUACAAUAUUGCAUUGACAGAUACCUGGUAUAUCUCUGUGGCUAUGGCAUCCUUGUCGGUCAUCGGCGCAAUCUUCAUCGAGUGGAAGAGCGUCAAGGGCAUGAAGCCGGGUGCUAUGGCUGCUUAGGUGGUGUGUUCGUGCUGUUGCUUGUUUGUUCCUUGCAUAGCGAAUGCUGGGCGUGAUUGCUACUUCUUGAAUGUUGGCUAAGAGGCUCCCAUAUGUAUCACUCGACUCUUCUCAUGUCCUGGAUAGAUUCUGAUGAACAAAAAUAGACGUGGGCGUGGAUAUGGUACUUGUACAAUGGUUGUGAUGAUUGUAUACUAGUGCCAUGCCACCGAUUGAUAGAGAACAAGAAACAUUUCUGAAUUUGAA